AUCCAAAAGAGAAGUCCUUCGCUGGUUUUGCUUUAUCAAAGUGGCACGAUGGCUGCUGCCUGGGAGUCUAAGCGGUUCGGAAAACACUUCCUACGAACACAGCAGAGCUUCGAACUCUGCGAAUGGCAGGUUCCGCCAGCGGAAUGGGGUCUUCAAAUGCCUCACCGAAUCCUUCUGCUCCCAAAAUCCUGCUCGCUAAGCCUUCAGCGGGACUGGUCCUUGGUAAAUUCGGACGUGGAGGCCCCGAUGAUGAAACGGUGCAACAUCGGUCCCGUCUUCCUCCAGUUGGUUCCCUCAAUCUCCUCUCUGAUUCAUGGGAGUUUCACAUCGAUCGCUUCCUCCCUUUUUUAACUGAGAAUACUGAUUUCAUGGUUGUUGGGAUCAUUGGUCCACUGGGUGCUGGCAAGUCAACGAUCAUGAAUGAGCUUUAUGGCUUUGAUGGAAUAUCACCAGGCGAUGGUGUAAGUUGUUUUUUCACUUUCCUUGCAGAGUUGGAGUGCUAACACAUUUUUUGAAUUGAUUCAGCAUCUUUGUUAUUAUUUUUUAAAUGUAUUUUGCAAGUAUAGUACUUUGUUUUUGGUAAGAAGAACUGUGGUGAAGUAAGGGUUGUUGUAGAAAUUUCAUGCUUAGUGGUUUCAGAAUUUU